CUCAUGAAAAAAAUAAUUUUUUAAAGAUUUUUAAUAUAAAAUCUCGUAAUUUAGGAUAAUAAAUUUAUAAAAUAAGAGUCAAAGAUGAUGUUAAGUCGUUAUAUUUGUGCAAUCAGUCGUAAUUUAAGCAAUACUUCAAGACUAUCGAGAGCUUCGGUGUAUAUUCCUUCAAUAAAAUUCAACAUGAAUUUUCAAAAGAGCAAGAAAUGAAAAUUCUUGAUGUUGUCAAUCGAUGUUCUGUUGAUGAAUUAACCAAGUUCAAUUUAUCCAAAGCUCGUGCCCAAAAAGUCCUGAUGUUCAAAAAAACUCACGGUUCCUUCAACGAUCUUCAACAAAUCCUCGAAUUGGAUGGUUUUGGAGUAAAAGUACUGCAGAAAUUUUGUUCAAGUGUCGUCAAAUCCUCUGAAAAUGAACAAAAAAUUGAUGAAAAACUCACUGACGAGCCGCCAAAAGACAGAAAAGUGCAUCAAUAUUACAAUCCGCGACUUGACAACGCAACCCGGGACAAAAUUCGUUCGUGUUUGGGAGUAAAUGUUCACACACGAGGCGUUUCUUGGGCCAAAAUCUCCUUUGACAACGAAUUUCGGACAACUUUAGAUGCUUGGAGUGACAAAACUUUCAUCGAAGAACGCAGAAUAACACUUUCGGAGUUGAUUUCCAUCACAAAAGGCAUUUGCGAGUCGAUGCCGGUGGCUGAUUGUUACGUUUUCGAAACCCCAAUUGCUGCGCAACCUUCGAUGCCGGGCAAAAAUGUCGCUCAAAUCAACAUAAAUGUGCAAAAAUCACAACUGGUCGGCAUGAUGGCAUUAGGUCUCUUGUACAAACCGCAAGAAAAUCUCAAUUGCCCGUCGCAUCAAGUGAUUUUUGUGAGAAAUUUCCUUCCGUCGAGACUUUUUCGCACGAAAAUCGGCAAUGAACGCGUUUCUACCGAGAAAACUGUCGAAAAUCUCUUCGCAUCGGAGCUGGAUUUCGAUUCUGAGGGAAAAAUUCAAGUUCAAGACGAGGUACGGGCAGUUUUUGAGCAAGCUAAUCCUAAAAUCCGUGACUUGAUGGGACACGCAUUGCUCACAGCGCUGACUUUUCAACGUGUUUGCAUCCAAAAAUGCGACAAAAGUUUAGAUUUGUUGGAAAAACGAACGGAAAAUAAUUAAAAAUAACGAAAAAUCCUCAUAAAGCUCUGAUAUUUAUUGCACUUCGACCACAUUUGACGCAACA